AUGGCCAAAAAAAAUGCCAAGAAGGAAGUUACAGGCAGGAGCUGGCAUCAAGAUGCUGAAGAGGAGGGAACAUUCUCACUGGCCAGUCAGGAUGUCCUGAGGAACAGAACCAUAAAGAGAGCUAAGCGGAGACACGCCAGACUCCAGCCAGAUGGUGGAGGGACUUCCAAAGGGAUUAAGGAUUUGGUUGUGUCCUCAGGAGGAGGAGAAUUUAGCGGUGGUCCCGGAGAGAAGCCUCGGGAAGGACCAACAACCAGAAAGAACACCGUCAGGGCCACAGCACAGCCCAAGGCAGCCCUGGGUUCUGUUACUGUGGAUGGCCCCACUUCUUUGGACCAUGAUCAGCUCUCAGGUCCCCAGCCUACUGGUCACAGUCAGCAUCCUGCCUCCUUCGGCCUUAGUUUCAGUCAAGCCUACGCUGGGAGUGUCUACCACAGGCAGUUGACCGGCCUGAAUUGCUCUGUCCGGGACUGGAUAGUGAAGCACGUGGACGCGAACCCGUUCUGUGAUCUGACGCCUGUGUUUAAACAGUACGAGAAAUACUUAGUCGCCAUCGAAAAGCAGCUCCAUAGCAGCUGCGGCUGUUUUUCGGAAAGAGAGCCCAACAGGGGCUGGGUUGGGAUGCAGCCUCCUUCCCAAGAUGUUGCUGCAGAACUACAGGCAGAGUCGGUUACAUCUGAAAAGACAGAGUUUAUCGCUGAAAACAAAGCGGACCCAUACCAAGGAGCAAGUAGUGCCUCAUGUAGCUUUGGCAAGAACACGGAAAGCCCAGUUUGGGGUUCCUUAAGCUCUGGUCCCAUGAAUGGGGUUUCACCAUCCACCAGAAGCUCCAGCAUGACUGGUAAAGGUACCACCCAGAGGAAACCAGCGUCCGCAAAAGAGAGUCCAGAACAAAACUGCAGCGACGAGUGCAAAAGCAAGCGGGACGAGCCACCCAAGACGGUCCUCAUGGAAGGGAAGGAGGAGGGCGUUUUCUACUCCAAAAAAUGCAGACUAUUUUACAAGAAAGACAAUGAAUUUAAAGAAAAAGGUGUGGGCGUACUGCAUUUGAAAGUCAGAGCCAAUGAGAAGACGCGGCUCCUAGUGCAGGAUAGCAAGUCAGGCAACAUCCUCCUGAACAUUCUGAUUCCUCCCAAUAUGCCAUGUACCCGAAUGGGGAAGAAUAACGUCCUCAUUGCCUGUGUGCCCGAUCCACCGCUUGAUAAGAAGAAUGCCACCACCGAGGUCACUGUGCUGAUUCGGGUGAAGACAAGCAAGGAUGCUGACGAGCUGCACAAAAUUUUACUGCAGAGAAGGGGGGCGUGA